AUGGCACAAACUCUCAUUUGGAUCUCUGGCUCUUGCAUCUUCAAUAAUUCCUUCAAGUGUCUUUGCCUGAGCAAAGGCCUUCUGUUUCUUCUGUACUUGGAUUCGUCUCCAUUAAAAUCUUUGGGAGCACAACAUCUAUCUGUUCCUUUCCCAUUUGCAAUUAUUGGGUAUGGAUCAAUUGUUCCUUGUGGGAGUGUUCCACUAACUGCUGGUGGAGUGUUUGGCAUUGUUGUUCUGACUGUGUUUUCUGGUUCUAUAGGUGUGAUACCUAAUUUGGAUAAAUUUAUUGGUGUGAAUGUGGAUGUCAGGAUGAUUGGUCCAAGUAGCGGCUGUAUGCUUCUGCUGGGUGUUCUGGUGAUUGCUGGUGAUCCUCUGGGUGUGGUUCGUCUGCUGAAGGGUGAUACUGAUGGUCCUGGCCCUGUUAUUCAUCUAUACCUUCCUGUUGUCGAUACAGGUGUCGAUGUUUCUGUUACUGGUAUCUGUGAUGCAGGGGGACUGUUACCCUCGUCUGCACUUUCAUACUGUUCUUCACCAGAUGUGAAGGUUUUGUCUGAUUUAGGUAGAGGCUCUAUAAGAGACACAAACUGUCCAGUAUGGUCUACAUACAUCUUAGGAAUAUACCCAUUGCCUAUGGCCAUCAUGGUGCAUAGCAUAUACCCAUUGUCUAUGACCAUCAUGGCCCCACCCACUCAGCUCAAACAUUAUUCAGGUCACAGUGGAGUGUUUUGA